AUGGAUGAAACUGAAGACUUCUUCGUACAAGUGGAGAAAUCCCUUAGAAUUAAAAUACCACACAAUGUGAAAUUGCAUUUAGCACUUUCUGGUUUCGGUAAUAGUGUAUCACUGGCAGAUAUAACUGACAAAGACAUUCAAGACAUGGAAUUAUUCGCAAAAACAGAUUUGAAGGAGAUAGUUCCUAAUUGGAAUGAGUAUUUGGGAGUGUUUAAAGAGAAAAUAGACUCGUUUCGUUUUUUUUCGGGGGAGAAAGUUCUCAUCUACAAGAUGAAAGAGUUCGCUCAGAAGAUCAGGAAAGAUGUCGAAAAAGAUAACAAUAUUACCAGUACUUCAUUUUCAAGGGCAGCAAAUGCGCGAUCGAUAAAUAAUGAUAAUAAAAAAAAACUGGAUGAUAGGGGUGACGAUUCGGAACAAGUACAACCGAGGAUACAACAUGAUAACUUGGUGGAGGAGGUUGGAAUGCUGAGACAAGUCGUCAAAACGGGAAUUCUAAAUCGCAUAAAGAGUCUCAAAAAAGAAGAUCAUCGGAUAUGCAUGGAACCUUUUAGAGACCACGAGUUCAUAGUAAAAUUAGAUCAAUUGGACAAUGUUUAUUCAAACAUCAAAUGUCCAAUCUGCGAAAAAGAAAUAAAGGUUCAAAAGUUCAGAAAUAUACAUAGCUGUCGAUGGGUGACUACGAAUUUCACACGCCAUUACGUGAAUCACAUUCCCGGACUAGUUAGCAGCUCUUCUUCAACUGGUACGGAGAAAGAAUCAAAUAAAAGUACACUGUUCCAAAAAUCUAUAAAAACAUUCAUAACAUCAGAAUCUUCAAGGAAAACGGCCGAACAUGCUUUCAACGACGUCCAAAGUGAAAAACAUUCUGAGAAGCAGAACGCAAAUAUAGUAAUAGUCACAGAUGUCCAAGUCCACCCCCCUACUAUAAAUAAGAGAAACCAGGAUUCACUCAGUUCUAUGGAUGCCUCAACCGACACAGAACAAAAAAAAGAAAGACUUAUCCAAAAUGAUUUUCGAGAUGAAGCUAACAGCCUAUUACCUCACAACGCACUCAUUGGUGAACGAGAUGGUGAACGAGUUGGUGAACAAGUUGGUGAACCCAGAACUAGACUUAGACGUAUUUUUCCUCGUAUUGCUCAAACGAAUUUCGAUGAUAUAAUUACAAUUCCUGAAAGUGAACCAUUGAAUAAAGGCCCUUCCAAGAGGAGAAAAAUCGAUGAAAGCGAUGAACUUGAAUCUGAAGAGAAAGAAAACCAGGGAGAAAAUCUCGAAAACUCCUCAUCAGAUGAUUCAAAACCAUUACAAUUUUUUCUAAAGAGCAGAGGUUGUAAAGAGACCUCUUCCUCUGCUAAACAAGGUAAAAGGUCUCUAGAAGAAUCAAUUCACCUACGGAAAAUUGAUGAAAACAGAAAAUGGAAUCGGAAUAAAUACACUAGAGCAUCCAGAAAUCGAAGACGGCGUGAAAAUAUCAGUACAAAAACCAAGCAAUAUCAACUUCUUAUAACAAACUAUGUGGAACAUCUGGAUCAAAUAGAAUUUGUCAUGAAAGAAAAUGAUGAUCUCAAGAAAAUUUUAUUUCAGGAGAUUCCUGAACUGAAUACCACAGAUACAGAGAGUAAUAUUCCUGUAUUUCUCAAAAUUUUGAAUAAAGCUGCACAACAAAAUAUGAAAUUGACAAAAAAUAAUAAAUUUUCUGAUGACCUUCUCCAAUUUUCUGUUUACCUGUUCAUAAUAGGUGGCAGGCUUCUUUACGAAAGCUUGUAUGCCAACUUGAAGAAAUCCCUGCCAUCGGUUUCUACUGUCACAAGAACAAUAGCAUCUACAAACAAUUUUGAAGAGGGGGUUCUGCGAUUCAGAGAGUUGAAUGAGUUUUUGGAGAAAAGAAAGCUGCCCAAAAUAAUAUGGAUUAGCGAGGAUGCUACCAGAAUCACUGGAAGAAUUCAAUACAAUCCCACAAGUGACACUUUGGUAGGAUUUGUUUCUCCAUUCGAAGAAAACGGGCUUCCACAAAAAAAUGCAUUUGUGACUUCAUCUGCACAAGAAAUUGAGUCAUAUUUUCAGAAUAUUAAUAAGGCAAAUUAUGCAUAUAUAAUCAUGGCUCAAACACCAAUAGAUAAGUCACCAUCAUUUUGUGUAGGUGUUUUCGGAACUGAUAAUAGAUUCACAUAUACCGACUGCUUAAGGAGAUUGACAACUAUAAAAAUGGAAGCAGAGAAAUAUGGCAUAAAAGUUAUAGGUUUUUCUUCCGAUGGGGAUGCUCGACUGAUGAAGUGUAUGAGAAUAAUUACAGAUUUUCCAACUACAGAAAGUAUUAUGCCAGAUGAAAAUUGGGACUGGUUCAAUAUGAGUCUGCUUCCUUCGACUAUUUGUAUCCAAGAUACAGUACACAUUGCCACAAAACUAAGGACCAGAAUAUUGAAAGAACAUUUACCAUUGAUAUUAGGUAAUUAUGAAGUAAAGCUGUCUCACUUGAGAACCUUGAUUCGGAAAGAAAGCAAAGAUAAACAUUUUCUCACUGAAAGUGACCUGAAAGCAGAAGACAAAAUGAAUUUCAAGUCGGCCGAGAAAAUGUGUUCUGAAGUUGUGAUACAGCUCUUAGACAAACAAGGGGAAGAUUAUAUCGGGACAGAAAGUAAUAAUAAAUUGGGAGCUAUUACUAGCUUUCAAUUUGAAGAAAAUUUUCCGGGGGACAUUGAAAUUUCUUCCAUCAUAAAUAAAGCUUUGUCGGAUGCAUAUAGGGUUUGUACGAAAUUAGGCAUGAAAGUUGAUUUGAAAUAUGGAAAAAAUGUAUGUUUUUUGAAUAAACAUUUUGAUGAACAGGAUAAACAAUUUCUCGAGCAGGGUAUAGAUCUCAGUAUAGAUGAUUUAGCUUGUGAUUCAAAUCCAGAUCUUUUGUGUUCACUUGAAAAUUCAGUUCCUACUAGGGAAGAAGAAAUUAUAUGGAAAGCACAUGAUGAAAUAGAUAUUAUAGAAAGAAAUGGAAACGCGACGGAGAAUGUCGACUUGCUCUCGGACUUGCCAACCGAAUUGAAAAAUUUUGGAAAUUUUUUGAAUAUUAAAGAUUAUGGAGUUCAGUCAUCUGCAAAAAAAGGUAAACAUUUUCUAGACGUACUAAUAGAGGGGAAAGUUUUCACAUUGAAAAAAUCUACAUUGUGUUGGCUUUUUGACAAUAAUUCAAAAUUGAGCUCCGACAGGCUAUUGAGAUUCAAAUCUUCUGAUAAAAAACAAUCGAACAGCAAAGUGAAAGAUGACGUUCAAAUAGAAUUAGAGAAAUAUUACGCAGUCUUUUAUAGUGAGAAUUGGUAUAUUGGCAGGGUCAUCAGUCAGAUCAGCAAUAUAUGUUUUAAGAUUAAAUUCCUAACUUCAAAUCUACAAGAUUUUGUGUGGCCAAGACAUGAUGACAUCCAAGAAGUGGAAUUAGAAUUCAUUUUUUAUGGCCCAAUAAAGAUGAUUGGUGUAGGAAAUAUGACUAUUUCUAUGAAUGACAGAGAUAAAAUCAAUUCCAUUUUCAAAGGUAUGAAACGAAAGUAG